AUGAAGCAGGCUGAUGUCAUUGAAAAUGUCCGCAAAGCCUUGGACAAGUACGAGGCGCGGCUGAGUGAGAUCAAUCAGAAGAUCUGGUCUAAUCCAGAAUUAGCCUUUGAAGAAUACAAUGCCCACGACAACAUCUGCGCCCUCUUCGACACUCUCUCUUCCGAAGGAUACACAGUCAAGCGCAGCGCCUACGGCAUCAAAACCGCAUUCGAAAUCACCUACACCCUCGGCAAAGGAGGUCGCACCAUAGUAUACAACGCCGAAUACGACAGUCUCCCCGGCAUAGGCCAUGCCUGCGGCCACAAUCUCAUCGCGACAAGCUCCAUCGCCUCUUUCCUAGCAACAUGCGAAACAAUGAAAACCCUCUACCCCGACACCAACUCUUCCCCAGACUCAAUCGGCUACACAGUCCGCCUCCUAGGAACUCCCGCCGAAGAAGGCGGCGGCGGGAAACUCCUCCUAAUCAACGGCGGCGCAUACAAAAACGUCGACGCUGCGUUCAUGGUCCAUCCUUUCCCUGUGUUAUCCGGUGCACCGGAUUUACUCAGUUCCAGUUCCUGUUCGGGCAUGUAUCUGGCUAACAAUAAGGUCGCGGUGACGUUCACGGGUAAACCGGCGCAUGCUUCUGCGGCUCCCUGGGAGGGCGUUAAUGCCCUUGAUGCGGUUGUAGCGGCUUAUGUGAAUAUUUCGAUGCUUAGGCAGCAGAUUCUGCCCACGCAGAAGAUUCAUGGUGUUGUGCUUAGGGGAGGCGAGAGGCCGAAUGUUAUUCCUGCGUCUACGACGGUGGAGUAUUAUAUUCGGUCUGAGACUGUGGGGACGUUGGGGCCGUUGACGGAGAGGGUGCUUAGGUGUUUUGAGGCUGCGGCACAGGCGACGGGGUGUACUCUUGAGUAUAAAUGGGAACCAGCUUACAAGGACAUGCUAAUCAACCGCCCCAUCUGCGAAGAUUACAUGCACGCCAUGAACGAAAUGGGGUAUAUCACUAUCUACGACGCGGCCGGUCAGGAAGGCGGGCUCAGUGGAGGAUCAACAGACAUGGGCAAUGUUUCGUAUGAAGUGCCCGGCUUUCAUGGUGGAUUUUAUAUCCAGACGGAUGGAGUCAAUCAUACGCCGCAGUUUACGGCUGGGGCGGGAUCGGAGGAGGGAUUUCAGAGGAGUCUUGCUUGUGCGGCUGGGAUGGCGGUUGUCGGCUGUCGGGUUUUGGGGGAUGAUGGGUUUGCGGGGGCUGUUAGGGAUGAUUUUGAGAGUAGGAAGAAAUGA